GGAAGGACAUCAUGGCCGCCCCCAGCGCGCCGCGUCCGGCGGCUUGUAGGUGGUGCACUGACCGGUAGCUCCGCCACCGCGGCCCCGCCCUCUGCCCACACCAGCCGAUCCUGGGUUGGACGCGGGCUGCUCUGUGAGGCGGCGGUCGGAGAGGGAAACAUGGGGACGGUGCACGCCCGGAGUUUGGAGCCUCUUCCAGCCAGUGGGCCUGACUUUGGAGGAUUAGGAGAAGAAGCUGAAUUUGUUGAAGUUGAACCGGAAGCUAAACAGGAAAUUCUGGAAAACAAAGAUGUGGUGGUCCAGCAUGUUCACUUUGAUGGGCUCGGAAGGACGAAAGAUGAUAUCAUCAUGUAUGAAAUUGGAGACGUUUUUAAGGCUAAAAACCUUAUCGAGGUAAUGCGGAAAUCUCACGAAGCCCGAGAAAAACUGCUUCGUCUGGGGAUAUUUAAACAAGUGGACGUUUUGAUUGACACAUGCCAAGGUGACGACGCCCUUCCGAACGGGCUGGACGUGACCUUCGAAGUCACCGAGCUGAGGCGGCUGACGGGCAGCUACAACACGAUGGUCGGGAACAAUGAGGGCAGCAUGGUGCUUGGCCUCAAGCUGCCAAACCUUCUAGGCCGUGCGGAGAAGGUGACGUUUCAGUUUUCCUAUGGAACGAAGGAGACUUCCUACGGCCUGUCCUUCUUCAAACCACAGCCUGGAAACUUCCAAAGAAACUUCUCCGUGAACCUGUACAAAGUCACUGGGCAGUUCCCGUGGAGCUCACUUCGGGAGACGGACCGGGGCAUCUCGGCGGAGUACAGCUUUCCCAUAUGGAAGACCAGCCACACCGUCAAGUGGGAGGGCGUGUGGCGAGAGCUGGGCUGCCUCGCCAGGACAGCGUCCUUUGCCGUCCGACAGGAAAGCGGCCACUCGCUGAAGUCGUCGCUUUCGCAUGCCAUGGUCCUCGACUCCCGGAACUCGUCCAUCUUACCCAAGAGAGGUGCGCUGCUGAAAGUCAACCAGGAGCUGGCUGGCUACACUGGAGGGGACGUGAACUUCAUAAAAGAAGACUUUGAGCUUCAGCUGAAUAAACAACUUGUGUUCGACUCCGUUUUUUCAGCAUCUCUCUGGGGUGGAAUGCUGGUACCCAUUGGUGAUAAACCAUCAAGUAUUGCUGACAGGUUCUACCUUGGUGGACCCACGAGCGUGCGCGGCUUCAGCAUGCACAGCGUCGGGCCGCAGAGUGAAGGAGACUACCUGGGCGGAGAGGCGUACUGGGCCGGGGGCCUGCACCUGUACACCCCGCUGCCGUUCCGGCCGGGCCAGGGCGGCUUCGGAGAGCUUUUCAGAACCCACUUUUUCCUCAACGCUGGGAACCUCUGCAACCUCAACUACGGGGAGGGCCCCCAAGCGCACAUCCGGAAGCUGGCCGAGUGCAUCCGCUGGUCCUACGGGGCGGGCGUGGUCCUCAGGCUGGGCAACAUCGCGCGGCUGGAGCUCAACUACUGCAUCCCCAUGGGCGUGCAGAUCGGCGACAGGGUGUGUGAUGGUGUCCAGUUUGGAGCCGGGAUAAGGUUCCUGUAGCCACGGCGGAGCGUCCUGCAAUCCCCCAGGGGAAGCUCAGGGGCUUGGGCGGCAGCAAGCCACUCAGCGCCACACACCCUUCCUCCAGGCGAACAGGAUCCAGCGAGUCUCUGCCCAUUGUCCCAUGGGAAUCCACCUCAAUAAAUUUUCAAGACAAACACUCA